UUUGACUUGUAUAUAUGCCAGCUAUUUUCUUUUACACAAAAUAAUUUAGCCAUCUAUUAAUGAUGACAGUAUUACCAAGAGAAGUGUUGAAAUGGUUGCAAAGUUUAGAUUUAACACAUUCUGUUAGAAAUACAAGAAGGGACUUUUCUAAUGGAUAUUUAAUUGGUGAGAUAUUUUCAUGGUAUUAUCCGCAAGAGAUUCAAAUGCAUUCAUUUGACAAUGGUACCUCCAUUGAAACAAAGCUUGGAAAUUGGUCAAUUAUAAAAAGGUUUUUUGGACAACAGGAAUUUGCCAUUCCACAAAGUGAAAUUGAAGGUACCAUACAUUGCAAACCAAGGGCUGCUUCGUUGCUUAUUCAAAGGAUAUAUACUAUUCUAACGAAUCGCACGAUAUCAACCUUACCAAGUGAAGGGGAAGUUGAUUUUUCUGACAACGGUUACCAGCAGGGCCUGCCAUUUCACGCGCGCUCAACUGCAACGCAGGCAAUAAAAAAUAACAUUGCUAAUUCGGAGUUUAUUACAGAUCCUGAUAGCAUUAUUUGCAAUCAAAAGGCUCUUGGAAUCAUUCGAGUGCAUAUUCAAAAUCGACAACUUCAAAGGAAGGAAGAUCCUGAGCGGUUUGGUAUUAAACCGAGUAUAUGCGAGCGGAAUCUUCGCAAGUCAGUUGAUGAUGAAGAUUUUCAUUCGUCCAAUAAAAGUUGCAAAGAGAAAGACAUACAAUCUGCAAAGACUAUUCAACCAACGACGAGAGAAAUAUCUGUGAAACAACACGGAGUUGAUAAUUUACUAAAAAACACCGUGAAGUAACUUAAUAAAGUUUAUAAAAUUUUAUAAUCAUAAUAUAUUGUUCCAGCUGGCUGUUAAAUUAAAUUUGUUAAAAAAUUAUCAUUUGAAAAGUUAUUCAAUUCUUUAAGAAUCAAGACGAGUUCAUAAUACUCGCGCACAUUCGUCCGUAUCUGAAAACACACUGGGGGUUCCAAGUUUAAUUAUUAUGAGAUUUAGAUCGAGAUUAUCCUAAGAUUGACACUUAAAAUCAAAAUGAUGUACACUAUCUCUUUCCUCUCCCCAAAUUAAAUAUUAACUCCAUUAAAGUUUAACUAGUUUCAUUUUCUGACAUCCAGAAACACGCAUGUCAUAUACUUCAACGAGAAGCCACAAUAGAAAGAAAUCUAAAUAAGGGAGCGUUCACAUAUUACGUAUUCAAUUUUUGCCUAUUUUUUACUCCUCCCUCCCCCAUGUAUUCAGUCGACCCCCUCCCAAAAUUACGUCAUCAUCUACUUAACACGAUUUGCCAAAAAUCAAAACGUUUCCAGGACCUAAAAGUUGUUAAUUUCCAGUUAAUCAACUAGGCACCUCUUUCCUUGGGAACGAGUUGCUUCCAUUAAUUAGAACGUGAAUUCUAGCAUACUCCUUUCACGUUGGAAUUGACAAAUGUGUUUUGUAAUAUGCAAUCCUUUGCAAUUUUAGAUCCCAUUCACAAAAGUAUCUUCAGAAAAAUUGUACAUAAUAAAGCAAACCUUAAAAAAAUUCAGUCGCACAAUUGUAAAUUUCUUUUAAAUACAUUUCUUCCAGACAUAUUUCAAUCGAAACAUAUGUUCCGCACCUUUUUAUUAAAAUCUUUUAUUUGCCAAAAACAUAUUCCGCAAAAAAAUUAAAAAUAGAAUAAAUAUUUGCAAAUUUGAGUCGAAGUUACUAAUUAUUAUGACGCACUGUUAACAGGUGGGUCCUGCGAAGGAGAUCGCCUAGUGUAAUUAAAACACCUAUUAAAGCCACUAAAUUAUAAAGGUGAUAAAUAUAUGAAAGCAUUUAGUUACAAAAGGUUCAGUCUAAGAAAAAAAAAACAAAAGUCACUUUGAGGUAAUUUAUUCUUCUUAAUUCUUCUGACGAUAUCCAAGUGGAAUAUUCAAUACUUUAUGUACCAAAAAUCUACAAUUUUAUUGUUCUUCAAUUUUAACGAAAUUUCGCAGCGUUUCGCGCACGAGCGUGUAUUAUGCUGCACAUAGAACGCGCAUCACUAAACACAUCAAGAAUUGACUAAAAUGAAUGUAGCGCGUCACGCUCAAGAACGUCGUCAUAUCACAAACAAUAACACAAAAGCACAGCGCGUGAUAUGUCAGCAUGUUGCGCUCAUAUUUUGAACUGCAAUUCACUGCAGCAAUAAUGUAAACAAAAACCCAGAAACAUUUAUCCGCUGCACGCGCGUCGAAAAUAAAAACACCGACAAGAGGCUAACCAUAUUAUCGUAUGGUUAUAUAGCCUCGUUAUCAGAUUUAUUUAACUUCGGUUGAACCUCCGUUACACAAGGCUCUUCAACACUUAUAGCACAAUCAUUUAUUGACGUUUCAGCUUUUACGUCCAUUUUCAUUUCCUUUCUCGCGUUACUUUCAAAAUCGCUGUCUAUACUUCUUUUGACGCCAAUUAUAACAUUUUCAGUUCCUGCGUCCAGUUUCGUAACUGAACCGUCCUCAUUUUUCGUAAUUACUUCUUCUGUAGGCGAUACCGGAAUACUCUGUAGAGUUGCGCUCGAUACGAACGGAAACUCGGGAGAGUUGGGAGCAUCCAGCUCAUCCAAAUUUUCUGUCUCAUUCUUUUGCUGAUCAAUUUUUUCCACGGGUUUUUCUUUGACGGUGUCAGCUUUUGUUACUUUAUUUACUACCAAUUUUUGUUGUUGUUCGUCGUUGGGCGAAGGCGGUUCCUUCUUGAUACUGUCAGCAGGUAUGACUUCUGUAGGUUUAGGCAGAGACAAUUUUGUUAGUGUUGAAGUGACGUUAGUGCUUUCUUUUAAACACUUUUGAGACUCCAAGUUGUUUUCGGGAGCCACGUCGGAAAUUCCGUCAUCUUUACGCGCGUUCAGUUUGGUAUUGACGGGUAUUAUUUGCUGUGUUUCUUCAGGCUCUUCUUUUAUUUCAGGUGGUGGUGAAAACGAAGAGUCAAAUUCCUGCUUUGUAUCAUCGGUAACCGAAGACCUUGGUGUCCUCCUUGGGGUAGUCGAUUGUUCAAACUCAAACUAAACCAUAAAACACAAAAAAUCAAACAAGAUCUAAUCUGGCAUAACAUAAAAGAGCGAAUGUAAUAUUAUUUCAUGCUGAAAUUUAUUUUUAUAUUCGAAAUAAGAAUUUGAGUUGCUUCACUUUUCAACAAACAAUAUGCAUCCUUAUUAAAUAAAUACAAGAAUAAUAAAUAAACAUCCUGGUUUUCCACUUUUUACUUGUGUGCAUCUGUACGCCGUACCACUAUUCGUCCAUACCUAAAAUUCUCCUGUUGAAAGCAACAAUGUCUUGUCACACUGUAGUGCUUGCACGAAAGAUUACACGUCAAAAUAUAUAUUCUAGGUAGCUUUUCAGAUUUUUAAUUUGGAUAGAAAAAUGGAUCCGUACAACGUUUAAAUACACAAACUUUCUUAGGUUGACUUGAAUGCGCUGCAACUUUUUAAAUAGUUUGAGAUGACUGUGCAACUGCUUUUAUGGACUCAAAAUUAGUAAAGACAUGGUGUAUUUCCAGAUAAUGGAGGUCAAGAUGGAGCGACAUUGACCGACGGCGCAUACUCGGUACAGGGUCAAUUUUGAAACAUUUAGUCAAGGUUCUAGGAAAGAGGGCAAAAUUUGAUUGAUUAAAAGUUACCCCUUAGACAUCUUGGAAAAGAAUCUGUUGUUCGGUUACUACUUUUACUUCAAUAUAUCUCAAAAAUUUGAGGCAUCUAUAUAUAUUU